AUGUUAUCUCACGUUAUCUACUUUUUGGCGAAUCACUUUUUGGCGACGACAGAGUGUGGGGCGCUCGCUUUUGACCCGGCACUAGCGCGGGGGAAGGGUGAGGAAGCGACGUCGAACGAGUUGUGGGAUCCGGCGUUCUUUGGAUCGUUCAUGGGUCCUGGAGCGGUCAGAUUCUCGAGGAAUGGUGUAUCCCUGGCGGAGAUCUCUGUGAACGCCCGAGUACUCGAAUCAUGGCUCGUCGGUAUUCCCUCCGACACUCGCGAAUACGUCCGCGCCCGUCUCCUCGCCUUCAACGACUCGUCCAACACCCUCCGAAACGUCAAAUACGCCGUCGCAGCAUCCUACAUUGCUCUCCUGUCUUCUUCCUCGGCACAGUACACAACGGGGAUGGUCGAACCGCCGUACGAACUUCUCGGCGAGAAUACGCCGGAUCCUAUGGGGAAUGUCGGCAUCAACCUCUCGCGCCGGGGAGAUAGGAGGAGAGGGGAGGGAAAGGAAGCGCCGUAUGAGGCAGGGCAGAUCAGCCAGAGGAUGAAGGACUAUGCUAAAGGGGUGACGGCGGUAGUGGAUGCAGAUGCCAAGUGGGUGGAAGAUGCGUUGAGGACUUUGAGGGAUGUGGUGGUUGUAGAUGAGGCUCCUCUUUCUGAUCUGUGGGCUUUGGGGCGUCAUCGACUUGCAGUUUAUGGAGUUUGUUUUGUUCGGAGCGGCGCCAAGAAGCCAUGCGCCCAUCUCGCCCUUGGUGAUCGACUGGUCCGCUCUGCUCUCGGCUCGCAUCAUCCCGGCAUCACACUCAAGAGUCUCAACACGCCCGAGCAAUUGUCGUUGUGGUUGUUUGCGGUCGCGGACCUUGGGCGGUGUAUCGCUGAGAGAGGUAGACGGACUAUAUUCAAUUUCUGGUCCGAUCACCCCAGCGAAGCCUCCUCCUCCGCUGAACCUCCCGAAUCCUCUGCGUGGUCAUCCUACCUCGGCCUCCCCGACCCCCUCCUCAUCCUCCUCGCCGAAAUCGUCAACCUCGCCGCCGACCUCUCCUCCUCAUCCGCUUCCAUCAAAGAACAAGCCGGCGAGCUAGAGUCAGCUAUCAGGACAUGGAAAGCGCCCGGGAUAAGGCUCACAGGCGCUGGCGCAGAGGGGAGCGGGGUGGGGGUGGGUCGGGUGUCCGUUCAUCGGAUUGGGGGGUUACAUCCUACGCUACGGCAUGCCCAAUCGGACAUCCUCUCGCUGCUCGACGCCCUCGAAUGA